AUGGAAGCACUGAAUCUCGAGGACAAUAUGCAAGUGGCAAACCUUACUAUACAAAUGCCUUUAAUUGAUUUAACUAGUCAGUCCGAUUAUCUUGAUCUGGUUUCCUACCGUCUUAGUUUUGCUAAUUCUUUUAUAAUUCCUUGGCACUUUGAAAACAAGUCUGAUUCUUUACAAUAUGUGUACGAUAAACACAUUAUAAAAACUCCUACACGUCUUAUAAUCAAAUCGCUUUUGUAUCUUUCGCAAACUUGCUGUUUUGCUGCCGAACAUCUACAAAGUGUAGUCGUCCAGUAUGCUGCUUGUCUUGAACAAUUAAUAAUAAUACAGAUGAACAAACAACCUAUUUCAGAGGAUGUUGAAAAAAUGUGCUUAUCAGGGUAA